GCCAAACAGAACUCCACACAGACACACAAGAUAACAAUAAUAUCUUCCAUCCCAAAUCCAUGAAUGAGUGAGUGAGUGAGUGAGUGGUGGUAAUUAAGAUACACCAGCAAUGUUGCAUUCUCAGUUUCAUCACCAUCUUCUCUUCUCUAACUCAAACCACUUUCUUCCCACACCCCCACUCUUACAUAACAAACCCCCCUCUCUUCUCCCUUUUCUCAAACCAGUAGUACCCAAUUCUUCUUCUUCUUCUUCUUCUUCUUCAUCAUUCACAUUUCUCGCUGAUGUGAUCAACACUAUCACAACUGAAACAGAUGGACCCAUCGAAAUUCCAGAUUAUUCCCCUCCUUCUCUUUUCGACACCACCGACGACCCUUCUUUCAUUCAAAUCGCUUCUAGUAUUCUCCUCACCGGUGCCAUCUCUAUCCUCCUCUUCCGCUCUUUUCGCCGCCGAGCUAAACGUCUUAAAGAAACGCAAUUCAGGUCUUCAGGAGAGAAGAAGUCAGUAAAGGAAGAAGCAUUGGACACCCUGAAAGCUAUGGGGACUGCUUCAAUAGAGACUGCUAAGGGUCCACCUUCACCUGUUCAAGCAUUUCUCGGGGCAAUAUCAGCAGGGAUUAUUUCUCUUAUUUUGUAUAAGUUUGCCACUAUCAUUGAGGCGGGUCUUAGCCGGCAAACGAUUUCAGACGAUUUCUCUGCCCGCCAGAUAACAAUCACCGUAAGGACAAUAAUAAACGGUUUGACCUACCUUGCAACAUUUAUUUUUGGCUUGAAUUCCCUUGGUCUUCUACUUUAUUCUGGUCAGCUUGCCCUCAAAUCCUUUACGGGAGAUUCAACUGAAAAGGAAACUGAAAACAAAAGUGCUGAUCAGUCUAGCAUAUCAAAUUUAUCCGUUGAGACUCGUACAAACGACACUGAAUUGAGCAGCAAUAAUGAAGAACAAAGUUCCAACAAUGCACCGUAGUUAUUACCGGAAGUAUAGUGAAGUUGAAGUUGAGAAAUAGGUUAGAAAAUCUUGUCCACUUGUAGAAUUGAUAGAGCCUGUUUGAAUAAACUUCACAAGAAGCACUUCUGAAAAAAGAAAUAUUCAAAAAAUCUUAUAUUGAAUGAGUGUUUUUUACAAAA